GUUUAUAACAACAGUUACACAAUAUAAUAAUUAAUAAUAUAUUUAUUUCAUUCUCAAUAACUUAUAUACAAAUUGAUUAUUUGUUUUAUGAAAGCUGGUCGGAAAAUAUCAAAAUGAUUUUUUUUAAAUUGUACCUGUUAGUUGGCUUCUUAACCGUCUCUAAUGCACGAACAAAAUUUAUGCCCAACUUGCCUUUGGGAGAAUAUCGAAUAUUAUUAACAGCAAUAUAUCAAUGUGGAGAAACAAAAGAUCUACCGAUCAAGAUAAAUUUAUAUUUGAGUAAAAAGUCAUCUAAUAUAACCGAAAUCAAAGGGAAUUUUACAGCUGACAUACCAUUUGACGAUUCUUUAAUAUUGGAUGCAAACUUUGCUUCUUGGAGUUUAACUGGUGGUUGGAAACCAAAUUCUCUUAUUUAUGUCACUAAUAAUGCCUGUUCUAAAUUCAAAAGUAUUCUUGGAAAUGUAUGGUUUGUAUUUACAAAGUCCUUCAAUGCAACAACAUCAAACUGCCCAUUACCAAUGGGUAUUUUUAAAUCACCGGGAAUCGACACAACACUUCUUAAUGACAACAAUUUUCCUAAAGUAUAUUUUUAUGGAAAAUAUAAAUAUGUAGGUAAAGUAAAAAACAAAAAUAAUAAGCUACUUGGUUGUAUAGCUGCUGAGUUAAGCCUUGUACGGCCGUGGGAAUCAAUUUCAUGA